CUCAAUAGCUUUCUCUACCCCGACGGAGCAAACUCCGUGAUUUGUGAGAUUUCGCGAUUGGCUUAGAGCUCGUUGGAAUCAGCGUUGGGAGAGAGAUCGUCGAUCGAUCAUGGUUCAGUUGAAGAGGAAGCUCUCAGGUCAAAAGAGAGUAAAGCCUGUUCUUCCAGUUUCCGGCGAAAUGCCGGAACCUGAUGUGCAAGUCGUCACCACCGGCGGCUUGGCCUUUCCUGCACACUCGAAGAUACUGUCUAUGGCAUCUCCGGUGCUGGAGAACAUAAUCGAGAGGAGGCGGAAGCGCCGGAGCAGCGACCGGAAACUUCCGAUUCUCGGCGUGCCAUACAACGCCGUCGCCGUCUUCAUACAGUACCUCUAUUCCUUCAAGUGUAGCGAGGAGCACAUGGAGGAUUACGGUAUCCACCUGCUGGCGUUGGCACACGUCUACUCCGUGGCGCAGCUGAAGCAGAGCUGUUCCAAAGUGUUGCGGAGAAAUUUGAACGUCAACAACGUCGUGGAUAUGCUUCAGCUCGCAAGAUUGUGCGAUGCUUCCGAUCUUUACCUCGAUUGUAUGAGAUUGCUGUCUCGUCACUUCAAGGCUGUUGAGGCGUCUGAGGGCUGGAAGUUCCUGCAGAACAACGAUCCCUACCUCGAGCUCGAGAUACUACAAUUCAUCGACGAAGCUGAAUCGAGGAAGAAGAGGAGGAAGAGGCACAUUGCGGAUAACAAAUUGUACGCGCAAUUGAGCGAAGCAAUGGAUUGUCUCGAGCACAUAUGCUCGGAAGGGUGCACUAGCGUCGGGCCAUACGACAUGGAUCCGAGCAAGCACAAGAGUCCCUGCAGCAAGUUCUCGACGUGCCAAGGCAUCCAGCUCCUGAUCAAGCAUUUCGGGGCGUGUAAGGAUCGAGUAAACGGCGGGUGCUCGCGAUGCAAGCGAAUGUGGCAGCUGUUCAAGCUGCACUCGUCGAUCUGCGAUCGUCCCGACGAAUGCCGAGUCCCUCUAUGCCGGCAGUUCAAGCUCAAGGCGCGGCAGGACCGCGGCGAUGCGCUGUGGAGAUUGCUGGUGAGAAAAGUGACCGUAGCCAAAGCUAUGUCUUCUUUGUCUUUCCUCAAGAGCAGCUCAUCAACAGCGGCGGCCUUGAAGUAAUGAGGCGAACAUAAUAUCCUGCAAAUUAAAUUCGACAGACAAGUUACACUAAUCAAACCAUAUAUGACAGAUGACCUGAGGCGUCGGAAGUUUGAAUCCAUAAUCACAAGUCCAACCCCAACAUCAGGUCUACCAUCACCCUUUUUAUGAACACACAAACAAACACUCAUUACCCAGACAACUGCAUGCAAAUUCAAUACCUCUACCUGGCUGUUGCUUUCUCUUUUUAAGAAAAAUAUUUCAACAAUUCUUUUA